CGCUUUCCCUACGCUGUUGUGUUGAAUUGUAGCGACAUUCGCUUUUUUCUGCCCAAAAAAUACUGUGAAAAUAUUGAUAAAUUGAGACAAAUCUGUGGAUAUGGCUGGCGGAAAAGCAGGCAAGGAUUCUGGAAAAGCCAAAGCAAAGGCCGUUUCGCGUUCAGCUAGGGCUGGAUUGCAGUUCCCUGUGGGCAGAAUUCAUCGGCAUCUCAAGAAUCGCACCACAAGCCAUGGACGCGUGGGGUCCACAGCGGCCGUCUACUCAGCUGCCAUCCUUGAAUAUCUCACCGCUGAAGUACUGGAGUUGGCUGGUAAUGCAUCAAAAGAUCUUAAAGUGAAGCGUAUAACUCCCCGUCACUUACAGCUGGCCAUCCGUGGAGAUGAGGAAUUAGACAGCCUUAUUAAGGCCACAAUUGCGGGUGGUGGUGUCAUUCCACACAUCCACAAAUCGCUCAUUGGAAAGAAGGGUGGUCCGGAAUAAUCGUAUCACUCCGGAA